AUGCUCCACCUCCCCGGCGCGGCGGGCGAGACGGGCCGGUGGUGCGCCCUCGGCGGACUGGAGAGGCCUCGGGAUCCCACCUCGGCCGGCGAGCAGCGCCGGCCUUCACCUUCAUUGCGCCACGGCGGCUUUCUUCUUUUCAACUUUCCCUUACGGUACUUGUUGACUAUCGGUCUCGUGCCGGUAUUUAGCCUUAGAUGGAGUUUACCACCCGCUUUGGGCUGCAUUCCCAAGCAACCCGACUCCGGGAAGACCCGGGCCCGGCGCGCCGGGGGCCGCUACCGGCCUCACACCGUCCACGGGCUGGGCCUCGAUCAGAAGGACUUGGGCCCCCCACGAGCGGCGCCGGGGAGUGGGUCUUCCCCCCCGCGAGCAACCGCCGCACGGCCGCGGGGCCGGGCGACGGACGGCGCGGCGCGCCCGUCCUCCCUGGGCGACAACACCCCGUCGACCCCCGACCCACCGCGGGCUCGGGGCACGCAGCGCGGCGUGGCCGCAACCCGGGGGAAAGCGCGCAGCGGCGGGCGGCGCCGCGGCGUCCCGCGGGCCGCCGCCGGGGCACGCGUCCCCGGGGCGCGGCCCCGCGCGCGACUCGGCCUCGGCGCGAGCCGCCCCGACAGGGCGAAGGCGCCACGGGGGCCCGCCGCCGCGCCGCGCGUCCCGAGUCGCGCCGAGGGCACCGUGCGGGCGCGGCGACCGGGAAGGACCGGCGCCGAGGACGAAGGCGGCGGCGGCGGCGCGCGCGCCCCUCCGCAAGCCCUCGACCCGCCGUCCGCGGGGAAGGAGGGGCGCGGCACAAGGUCUCCCGGUGGGCCGGACGUGCCGAGCACGGAGGGGCACACGCGGCGGCGGCGGGCGGCAGCGGCGGCGGUAGCAACGCCCCCCACACGGAGCGCAGGGGCCCGCGGCGGGGGGAGCGGGAAGACGCUCCCCACUCGCCACGGCCCUCCCCCGCCCGCAACGGGCGAGCAAGGCGGACUGGCCAGGGCCCCGCCACCGCGGACGAGGGCACACCGGCGGCGGCGCCGAGAGGCGAGGGACCGCUCCAACACCCCCCAACACACACACCGGGCCGGCCCCGAUGGCGGCGCGCGGGCGGGGCCGGCCGGCGCCGCGCUCCCGCGGGGGCGGGGGCGAGGCGAGCCGGGCCGGAGCCCGACCCCCCCCACACACACCAACCACCAGCGGAGGCAGCGCGCGGCCGCAAGGGCCACAGCGGACGGCCGGGACCCGACCCGCGCCCGGGCACGCGCGCCGGAGCGAGGGGGGGGGGCGCACGGCAUAGGGCGGGAGGAACGGCCCCUCGUCGGCACACGACACCACCGCCGGGCCGGCGGCGGCAGACACGGAUGGGAGGCCACAACGGGCCUGAGAAGCACCAGCGCGCCGGGGCGCGGCACCGGGUCGGCAGGCAGACGCGGGGAGGCCGCGAGACAAAGGCUCGGCGACAAGGGGCUUGGGCGCCAGAAACCGGAGCAGCCACGGGGGAAGAGGACCGCGGGCCGCCGCGAGGGAGCACAAGAGCCCCUCAAAAGGCGCCUUCCAAGGCCCGAGGUCAGCCACCGGGGCACACGGGGUCCCACCGCCCAAGGCCUCCAGCACAAGGGCGGUCCCAUGGCACCCGAGGACAACGACCCGGCCCACGGCCGGCCCUGGCCACCUCGCGGGGCUCGGGACCCCGGCCACCCCGGCACAGUCACGACCGACCCCCAACAGGACACUCUCCCACGCGCACGACGACAUCCCUCCGUGCCCCGCUCGACUGGACCCGCGCGGCCUCUCCUCCUCACCGGGGGCCGAGGCUCCUUCGCCCAGGGACGACCCCCUCCCCAAGAGCCCCUAGAGGCCGGGGAGGGGACAACGCCCAACAGCGGCGAGGCCGUUUUUGGUCCCGAGGGAGUGGACCGAGGGCAUAGCGCGCCUUCAGCCGUCCAGGCAAGCCAGGGACAAAGUGGGGGGGGGGGGGAGGUCGGCGGCGACGGGGAGGGGAGGGUGCCCAGCGGGCGACGGCCGACCAGCGCGUGCAGAGCGGUUCGGGGUGGGGGGGAAGGGCGCACCAACGAAGGCGCGAGCCGGGCCGCCAGUCCGUCCCGGAACCACGACCCGGGGGGAAGCGCCCCCAGGCGAGAGCGGCCCGACCCGUGGCCACACGUCACCGCCGGCGGCCACUCGGCACGGGAGCGGGCAGCAGACACAGCCGCUCGCACGGCAACAGGGCAGGAGACCCACGGCCGCGGGGGAGUGGCCACGCACGCACGCACGCACUCCCUCGCACGCACACGGGAGCCCCACGUGCCAGACGUCGGCCAGGCCCGGCGGGAUCCUCCCCCGACUCGGAGGGGGGAGGCGCAGGCCGCGGCACCCUCUCGGAUCGCUAGAGAAGGCUUUCUCACCGAGGGCACAUCGCCCCCACCCAUUCGUCCCCCCGACCGAGCCCCGCGAGACGGCGUCCCACAGGCCUCCAAGGGCCUGGGGGCAGGGGUGGGUCUGCGAAGGAACCUCGUGCCUCCACCGUGGCCACGAGAGGAGCGGAGACGGGCACGGCUUGCUGGGCAAAACAGCGGCAGCCCUCGGCUGGCCAAGCGCACGGUCACUCACACGCCCCACCAAACACACCACCGACAGCGGCAGCCCGAGGGGGUCGCUGGGAACGGGAAACGACGCCACCGCUCGGCCUCAGGCACCUGA